AACCUCAAGCAUUUACUUUGCUUAGCAGAUUAGCUUGCUAGAUGGUUACUGGUGCCCUACUGGGUGGAUAGAUUUGGUGUCGGCAGUUGCUGGUUACCCCUAACCUACUUGCCUCAGUAUCCGUUGUAACUCGGGCUACUUGAGCUAACUCUAGUUAGAUGUGCCAUAUGGUCGAGCUGUAAGCAUUGAUUAGUGUGGUCCGUUAGCAAUUGGAUUAGCCAACGUCUGUUUCCAUGAGGAACUGUCAAAACAUCGUAGUGGCGUUAGUUUAAUGUAAAGUCACUUAUCAGCGUUUGUGUGUAGCAUGGCUUGAACUAAAGCCAUUAAAAGUAAAGCACAGUCUAGUGUUUACCCAUUGUAAUAAGUUACAGCUCAGUUACUCUGAAGUCGUGCGCAUGUUCACAGGGUUAAGGUACCAGCAGGCAGUAGCAUGUAGCUACAUAUUAGCUGCAGAAACUUGUGUUGCUACUUGACAUUUGUCCCUUUUCACUCAUUCACCCCUCUUGGUCAGGUCCAGUACAGUGUCUAUUGAACCAAACAAAACAUGCUCGUGAGCCCGUGGCCAGAGCUGGACAUACAGAAGCAGGAGUGAAGGAACUGCCCCUCGAUGGCCAACCCCACCCCUUGGCUUGAUGUGCUGUGAUUGAGAAGUGAGUGGACCACAAAUACUGUAGCCAGUUGCCAUGGAGGACACUCAGCCCAAACCUGUGACCCCGGAACCUAGCCCUGCACCCAGUCCAGCGCCUAGUCCUGCACCCAGUCCAGCACCCAGCCCACUGCUGGACAGAAUUGCUUUGCCUGCAGCAAACCAUGUGGAGCACUUAAACGUGAACCAGAUCCAGGUGGUAGUACGACGCUGCUCCAGUCCAAAUGUCACAGAGGAAACCACCUAUUUUAUUCCUCGAAACCCUGUGGUGGAUGCUGGCACCAACACAGACCCCCCGGUGAUCUGCUGCCCCUUGCUCCACAGAUUUUGUCCAUGCCCACCAAGAGGCCUUCUGGCCUCUCUCAUUACUAAAGUCCUUUUGGCAGCUGUGCUCUUUGGAGUCGUGUGGUCCAUCACAGAGGAUGAAUGUCUUCCAGGGGGCAACCUGUUUGGCAUCACGGUCCUCUUCAUCUGCGCUCUCAUUGGUGGCAAAUUGGUGGCUCUCAUCCGUCUGCCCAAACUUCCACCGUUCCCACCGCUUCUUGGUAUGCUGCUGAUGGGUUUCCUGCUGAGAAACAUCCCAGUUGUAACAGAUGGAGUGUAUAUUAACUUCAGAUGGUCUGCAUCACUCAGGAACAUCGCACUGGCCAUCAUUCUGACCAGAGCGGGUUUGGGCUUGGAUCCCACGGCUCUAAAGAAACUGAAAGGAGUGUGUAUACGUGUGGCAACUGGGCCCUGCAUCAUUGAGGCUUGCACCACAGCCCUGAUCUCUCACUUCCUCAUGGGCUUGCCCUGGGUGUGGGGCUUCAUCCUUGGCUUUGUGCUGGGUGCUGUGUCUCCUGCAGUAGUGGUUCCCUCCAUGCUACUGCUGCAGAAGGACGGUUACGGCGUGGAGCAGGGCAUCCCCACUCUGCUGAUGGCUGCAGGCAGUUUUGACGACAUUCUUGCCAUCACAGGGUUCACCACAUGCUUGGGCAUGGCCUUCUCCACAGGCUCCACCUGGUACAAUCUCCUGAGAGGUGUACUGGAGGUUGCUGGUGGGAUGGUUGCUGGGGUUCUUCUUGGCUUCAUUAUCCAGUACUUCCCUAGUGUCGACCAGAAACAUAUAGUAAUGAAGCGAUCCUUCCUGGUGUUGGGUCUGUCCGUCUUUGCGGUGUUCAGCAGUGGUGUGGCUGGUUUUCCUGGCUCUGGUGGCCUCUGCACCCUGGUGUUGGCCUUUCUGGCUGGCCUUGGCUGGGGAACAGAAAAGGCACGCGUGGAGGAAGUGGUGGGGUGGGCGUGGGACGUGUUUCAGCCUCUGCUCUUUGGACUAAUAGGAGCAGAGAUUCGAGUCUCUGCGCUGGAGGGACUCACAGUUGGUCUGGGUAUAGGCUCUCUGCUCAUUGCCCUGCUGGUUCGAGUCCUGUUCACCUUUGUCUGCGUGUUGUGUGCGGGCUUCAGCCUGAAGGAAAAAGUGUUCAUAGCUCUGGCCUGGAUGCCCAAAGCCACAGUGCAGGCUGCUAUAGGCUCCACAGCUUUAGACAUGGCCAGGACAAAGGACGACAAGCAGCUGCAGAAGUACGGCAUGGACGUGCUGACUGUGGCUGUGCUGGCCAUCCUUCUCACGGCUCCUGUAGGAGCUCUUAUCAUAGGGCUCGCUGGACCUCGCCUGCUCCAAAAACCAAAGAACUCAGCCUGUGGUGAGCGAGUCAAACCCACUUUAUCAGCUUUCUUUUUAGGCACUGCAGCAGGAGGUGAAGAUGACAGUGAAACUCCUGUCACCUAUGAGAGCACACUCUAACAUCGCCUAUCUUCAUCCAGCGAGCAUGGGCUAAAAGACUUCCGGUGUAUUUCCAUACCUCAGACUUUUUUGAGCUUUCCUUUAGCCUCACUUUGUCUCUCUCUCUCUGCCGGUCAGCUCCUGAUGUUUGCCAUGCCGCAGGAACACAUGAAUCACUCUUUAUUUAUAGCCCCUAGGGGUUUCCAAGUCUCAGGCUCCAAACAAAUGACCCCCACGUCAGUGUCUGCACUGACAUGCUGUGUGUUAUAGUGUGCGUGGGCUGUUUUUGUUUCUAAUCCUAAGCGAGCUACAUUAGUGUGACGCAUGAAUGUGGUUUGCGUUCUUUGUGAAGGUGGAUACUAUUCCUGCCUGUCAUGUUCACUGAAUCCACUAUUUGCCCAUUUUUUGAGUACAUUUACUAUUUACUUGAAAAAAAGGGGAAUUGUGCAUUUUAUUAUAAGUGGUUUGCUAAUUGAGUGGACCUACAGUGUAUGUUGUUUCAUAUUAGACUACGUGUAUCACAUGCUUAGGUUUUUUAGUUGUUCUGCCCUCAGUAAAAUAUUUUUACCACAUUGUGUUUGCGUAAUUUUGCAUAUGUUUCAUUAAAAUAUGUAUUAGCUGUAUGGCCCUGGUGAUGACAAGGGUGUGUGUAGUUUACUCAGGAGAUCUAAAUAAUCCACAAUGCUUCCCUUUGGUUGGUACACAAUGCUGCUAAAGCUAUCAAUUACUACACUAUAUCCGCUUCCAAUAUCAUGAAUGUUCAAAAAUGAUCAUGUCCGUAUUUAAAACAUUCACAUAAAACCACCUUUUAUAGUUUAUUGUGAAGGAAAGUAGCUUUUUCAUGUUUGUUAUAUAUUUGACUUUUUUAUUACAGAGGCUUGCAGUGUAACUUAAGAUGUUUUUGUUUGAAUUUAUUUACAUUAAAAAUGUUUUGUGUAUUUUUAGUAAAAUAUAUGAUAGAUU